UUAUUCCUCAAUCUCUGUGGUACAAUUUAUUUUAUCAUACAGUAAAACUCAAAUAGUAAACGCAAUAAGCUUUUUAUUACAACUUUGGCGUACUAUUUUGAAAGCAAAAUUCUUAUUCUAUGUUUGAAAGUGUUUUGUGUAAACAACCCUACCACACAUUUAAUAUUUUUGCGAUUCACUAUUUUCUUCGUAAACCAUUGUAUAUAUAAAAUUGUUCCACUGACCAAAUUCUGAUAUUUUUUAUGAAUUUUUAUCUAUAAACUCACUUUUUUAAUUUUUAUUAUUACGUUUUUCCAAAAAUCUAACUCCAAAACUAAAUUCUUUAACGCUGGCUCCAUCAACUUAAAAUCUUCAUGGAUCGACGCAAUUGCGUCCCUAGAUUAUUUUCCAAUUAACUUAACUAUUUAAACGGUCAACCUCGAUAAUUGGCUGGAUAACUUCCUUCACAAAGAGCACAUUUUGCUGGGAGGUUCACGGCUUCUCGACAGACUGUAGAUAGAUGACUAUCUCCACAACGGACACAUUUUGAAGGAUGGUUUCAGUAUGCCUUAGUGUGGCCAAAUCCUCGACAGCGAAGGAAUUGUAUCGUUUAUUUAUUAGCAUGAGGUUCUUCGAUUUCGAUUUUUAUGUACCGAUGCCAAAAAUCAAGAAAAGUGUAAAUGAUGAAAAUAAAUGUCCGAAUAAAAUGGCUGGAAAUAAAAAAUAUAAAUCAGGAUUUAAAUUUGAUAUGAAAAGAAUUCUAAAAGAAAGACAAGCUGAGGAUGAAUUUUUGAAAAAACAUGCUGAUCUUGAUAAAGAGAUGAAAGUUGUAGAUGACUUGUUCCAAGAAGAAGUAAAUAAUACUAUUAAACAAGAUGAUUCCUUUUCUCUUGUAUUGCCAAAAGUUGGUUUUGUUAUAUUUGACCGUUCUAAGUGUAAUAUAAAUUUUGAAGACAAGUUUAGUACAACAGGAUUAUAUUCACAACAGCUACUUCUAAUGUCAAUUGAGAAAAAUGAAUUUGAAGCCAAUAUUAUUUUUAAUAAUCUAAUAAACUCAAAUUGGUCACCAGUAUUUGAAGAUGUUCAACUUAUUUUAUCAAACUGGGGAGCUGAUUUGGAUUCAUUGACUAAUAGUAAACUAUUAAAGUGUCAAAUAAAAGAUAGUGAGAAAAUUAAAAGGCACAACUUUGAACUAGCAAUGAAUUUCUUGACUUAUAAUAUACUAAAAAAUAAUAAGAAAUUAAGUGAUGAUGAAUUACUAACAUUGGCCCAGUAUAUUGUUAAAAUAUCCUUUGAUCACCAUUUUGGACAAAUGAUAAAUGUUAUAAAAAAAUUAUUUAGUGCUUGUAUUGAAACUGCAAUACAAGAAAAUGAUGAUACUUCUAUUAUAAUAUUUGCUCAAGAAUUGUAUUCACAGUAUGACAGCAAACUAUUAAAGAUGAUAGUUGAUUUAUUUCUACCUUUAGAAGGAAACACAAUGAAAAAAAUAUACACUUAUUUAACAUUCAAACUGUACAAGUCACUUUUAGAAAAAACCAACAACAUAAGCCCAUUUCCAUCUAGUAUUAAAGAAUGGUUUGUUCAAGAUUAUGUGAAUAAAGAUUUUUUCAAUAAUAAACCAAAAAGAUUAUUAUACCGCCUUAUUCGACUAUUGGAACACGUCGUGAUUGUUUUUGAUUUAUAUACGGAUGAAAAAAAACUUAAUGAAAUGUAUGACUUUUUACAUUGUGUUGUUAAACCAACUGGAUUAUCAGAUUCUUUAAAACUUGUUAAUAUAUUGGAUCAAUGGAGGUUGCGAUUAUUCCGUUUGCAUGUGAAUCGUCAAAAUGUUUUAUUCUAAAAAUUUCUAAGAAUGUUACUAUUCAUAGAUUAUACUAUAAUUAUUAUUUGCAUUUAUUUCUGUUAUCAGUUAUUAAUUUUAUAUCGAGGAAGAUAUUUAUUUUAUUUAUUUGAGUAAUUGAACGUUGUUCCAAAGUUAACUGUAAAUUGUAAUAAUGUAAAAGUAGAUCUAUGACUGCUUACAUGUAUUAUAAUACCAACUAAAUGAUUUAUACUUAUAUUUAUAAUUGUAAAUUAUUUAGAAUCUUAAUUCUUAGUCAUUAUAACGUAUUACAUAUUAAAAUUAUAUUAAUGUAA